AUGGCGACAAAUUCGAUCAAACUAUUGACUGGUAACAGCCACCCUUUGCUUGCUAAGGCUGUGGCUGCGAGACUCGGUAUUGAGCUCACACAGAUUAUGGUCUUACAGUAUUCGAAUCAGGAAACAAGUGUGACUAUUGGAGAGUCCGUCAGAGACGAAGAUGUCUUCGUCCUCCAGUCAACCAAGCCGAACGAUAUCAACGAUGGUCUCAUGGAAUUAUUGAUCAUAAUAAACGCCUGCAAGACCGCCUCCGCACGUCGAAUUACAGCUAUCCUACCCAACUUCCCGUAUGCUCGACAGGACAAGAAGGAUAAGUCGCGAGCACCUAUCACAGCAAAACUCAUGGCCAACAUGCUUCAAACUGCAGGCUGUAACCAUGUCAUAACUAUGGAUCUCCACGCCAGCCAAAUACAAGGCUUUUUCAACGUCCCCGUCGAUAACCUCUAUGCCGAGCCUAGUAGUGUCAAAUGGAUACGAGAGAACCUCCUUCACGAAAGCGAACACGGUCAGGAAGUGAAUGGUCAAAGACAAGAAUGCGUGAUCGUCAGCCCAGACGCUGGCGGUGCCAAGAGAGCUACUUCUAUGGCUGACAGACUCAAUUUGGGAUUCGCCUUAAUCCACAAAGAGCGCAGUGCACCUGGCCAAGUCAGCAGAAUGACUCUGGUGGGUGAUUGCAAAGGUAAAACUGCUGUGCUGGUGGAUGAUAUGGCAGACACCUGCGGUACUUUGGCUAAGGCGGCUGAUGUGCUCACUAAGCAUGGUGCGAAAGACGUGGUUGCGCUGGUCACUCACGGCAUCCUUUCGGCAAACGCGGCAGAGACAUUACGCAAGUCUCAACUGUCACGUAUUGUCAUAACAAACACUGUCCCAGUCUCGGAUGAGAAAAUGAAGGCUUUGACAGUACCAGAAGGCGAGAAGGGCUGCCGUUUAGAGACAAUCGAUAUCGCACCUGUAUUAGCUGAAGCCAUUCGAAGAACACACAACGGUGAAUCAGUCAGCUACCUUUUCUCUCACCCUGUGGCAUAG